AUGGUGCAACGGUUUCUAGAAUUGUCUUCAUUAAUAUCUGAUAUAUUACUACAUCGUCCAUCUGCACCUCAAAUGCCUUCCGCCAUUAACCUUCAAAAACUUCAAGCUGUCUUAGUAGUAUUGCGACCAUUUGAAAACGUUACUUUAGAGAUGUCAUCGCAACGUAAUGUGACUAUUAGCAAAGUCCUUCCACUUGUGAGUUGCUUAAAUAAUAGCAUAACUUUGUACACACUUGAUACCGAAUUGGGGUCAAAAUUAAAAGAUGUUACAGUUGCUGAAUUAAACAAAAGAUUUGGGAAUAUUGAAAAAUUCUAUUCAUUUCCUAUUGCUACAUUACUUGAUCCUAGAUUUAAGAACCUUCAUUUCAAAGAUCCUGUUGAUUGUUCCAAAGCUAUUGCAAAGUUAAAAAAUUUAGAAUCAGCAUCAGACCAAAUGGUUAUGCAAUACUUAGGAACACCGGUUAUAAAUCUCUCCCAAGAUCCUAUUGAAACAUGGGAAGAAAUGAAAACGGUGUACCCACAACUGUACAACGAAAGUCAGAAAAUGUUCUGUAUUUUGGCGACAUCAGUUCCAUCAGAGAGGCUGUUCUCUAAGGCUGGAGCCACAUUAUCAAAAGAACGCAACAGGUUGUUGGGAAAAAGGCUGUCAAAAUUACUAUUUUUAAACUCAAUUGAUGAUAAAUACUGGUUUUGA